AUGGGAGGAGGCGGCAAGAUCCCCUACCCGAAACACGUCUGGUCCCCCGCCGGUGGGUGGUACGGCCAACCGAAAAACUGGAAGACCAACACUGCGGUGGCGUUUGCUGUGAUCAUCGGCGUUAUGGGCGGUGCAUGGAAGCUCAGUGCGGAGCGGGAGCAUCGGUAUCGAAUGCCAGAGGAGGGGGAGUUCUUCCCUAGUCGGCAUUGGAGCAGGCAAAUCCGAGAGUACGAGGCGAAGAAGAAGGCUGGUCUCGAGGCAGUCAUCAGAUAG